UGUCACAACAAUUUGCGGACUCAUCACUCGCAGAAGCCGUUUUUCGUUAAUUUUCAGUGAAAAUUCAGUGAAAUUUUGUAAUAAAUACACUCCAACAUGUCCAUCGAUAUUGCCCGCGAUCUCCCGAAUCCAGGAUUCAACUUUGAAAACUGUAAAAGGAACCAAUUACUCCUGCAAAAGGGAUUCAAGCCACCGAAGGCAACAUCGACAGGUACCACCAUUGUCGGCAUCAUCUACAAAGAUGGCGUAAUUUUGGGAGCUGAUACCCGAGCCACCUCCGGUCCCAUUGUCGCCAACAAGAAUUGCGAAAAAAUCCACUAUUUGGCGAAAAAUAUGUAUUGCUGCGGCGCUGGAACGGCUGCCGACACGGAAAUGAUCACGCAUCUCAUCAGUUCCAACUUGGAGUUGCAUCGUUUGAGCACGGGACGCAUUGUGCCGGUUGUUGCGGCUCGCACAAUGUUGUCGCAGCGUCUUUUCCAGCAUCAGGGACAUAUUUCAGCUGCUCUGGUAUUGGGAGGUGUCGAUAAUACUGGGCCGCAUAUCUACAGCAUUUCGCCACAUGGCAACACAGAUAAAGUUCCGUAUGCCACAAUGGGCUCCGGAUGUUUGGCCGCCAUGAGUGUCUUCGAGGCACGCUGGAAACCGAAUAUGGACGAAGAAGAGGGCAAAAAAUUGGUGCGAGACGCCAUUGCUGCGGGUAUUUUCAACGAUUUGGGCUCCGGAUCGAACGUGGAUUUGUGCGUCAUCAAAAAAGACGGCGCCCAGUACUUCCGCACGUAUGACGAGGCGAACAAAAAGGGCGAAAGAAGUUUGGAUUACAGCUACAAACAAGGAACAACGGCCGUACUCGAGACAAAAGUCCACAAAUUCGACGUUAUCGACUCCGUUGUCAUGCCAAGUACUUCGGGAGAGGCAAUGGAUACAGCUUAAAAUUUUGUAUUUUUAUUAAAGAAUUUUUUUUUGUUCAUUUGCACUUGAAACAUAAACCUAAUAAUAAUUCUGGAAAAAAAUAAAAUAAAAAAAAACUUAUGAUAAAUCUUUAUGUAAAAUAAAAUCCCAAGUAUCCUUCCAACGGAGGGCAACAAUA